GACCACCUCACCACCUCCAUUCCACCACCUCCGAUUCCAAUCAUGGACGCCGUAUCAGAAUGGGGAAACACUCCUCUCGCCGCCGUGGAUCCCGAGAUCCACGACCUCAUCGAGAAGGAGAAGCGCCGCCAGUGCCGCGGCAUCGAGCUCAUCGCCUCCGAGAAUUUCACCUCCUUCGCGGUGAUUGAAGCUCUCGGCAGCGCGCUCACCAACAAGUAUUCCGAGGGCAUGCCUGGCAACCGCUACUACGGCGGCAACGAGUACAUCGACCAGAUCGAGAACCUCACCCGCUCUCGCGCCCUCCAGGCCUACCGCCUCGACCCGGCCAGUUGGGGCGUCAAUGUCCAGCCCUACAGCGGCUCACCGGCGAACUUCGCCGCCUACACGGCGGUUCUCAACCCGCACGACCGGAUCAUGGGGCUGGAUCUGCCAUCCGGCGGCCAUCUCACGCACGGGUACUACACCUCCGGCGGUAAGAAGAUCAGCGCCACCUCGAUCUACUUCGAGAGCCUGCCGUACAAGGUUGAUUCGAAGACCGGGUACAUUGAUUACGAUAGGUUGGAGGAGAAGGCGCUUGACUUCAGGCCUAAGUUGAUUAUCUGCGGAGGGAGUGCUUACCCUAGGGAUUGGGAUUACAAGAGGUUCAGAUCGGUUGCUGAUAAGUGCGGCGCGCUUCUGCUCUGCGAUAUGGCGCACAUUAGCGGCCUCGUUGCUGCUCAGGAAGCGGCUGAUCCAUUUGAGUACUGCGACUUGGUAACGACCACCACCCACAAGAGUCUGAGGGGUCCAAGGGCGGGCAUGAUAUUCUACAGGAAGGGUCCGAAGCCAGCCAAAAAGGGGCAGCCUGAGGGUGCAGUUUACGAUUUUGAGGAUAAGAUCAAUUUCGCCGUCUUCCCAUCCCUUCAGGGUGGCCCCCAUAACCACCAAAUUGGUGCCCUCGCUGUGGCCCUAAAGCAGGUCAUGACCCCUGGUUUCAAGGCGUAUGCAAAGCAAGUCAGGGCGAACGCAGUGGCUCUUGGGAAUUAUCUGAUCAGCAAAGGAUACAAUCUCGUCACUGGUGGAACCGAGAACCACUUGGUUCUGUGGGAUCUCCGUCCUCUUGGGCUAACUGGAAACAAAGUUGAGAAACUCUGUGAUCUGUGCAACAUUACUGUUAACAAGAAUGCCGUGUUUGGUGACAGCAGUGCCUUGGCUCCUGGAGGUGUUCGCAUUGGUGCUCCUGCCAUGACAUCGAGAGGGUUAGUCGAGAAAGACUUCGAGCAGAUUGCUGAAUUCCUCCACCGGGCUGUGACCGUGACACUGAAGAUCCAGAAGGAGCACGGUAAACUACUGAAAGACUUCAACAAGGGCCUAGUGAACAACAAAGACAUCGAAGAGCUCAAGAUUGAUGUCGAGAAAUUCUCCUCUUCAUUCGAGAUGCCCGGCUUCCUCAUGUCAGAGAUGAAGUACAAAGACUAUGUGAUGCAUUAACUCCUCAUUUUUAAGUUUCUCUGUUUUCGAUUUGUGUGUUUUCCCUUGAGUUCAACUAUUAGGCUCUUCUGAUUUUGAAUUACGGAUGUCUAAAAUAACUAAAAGAACAGGCAAUAUAUGAUGUGCCAAAGUUGUUUUCCAAUGUCAUCAAAUUUCCUUAUGUUCCUACGAAGUUGAAGUUAAUCAAAAUUUGAGGUGGAAAGUUUUCCACUAUAGAA